AUGUCCUUUGACUGCUACGUUGCCAUCUGCCAGCGUUUGCAUUACGCUGCCAUCAUGAAGCCUCAGCUCUGCAUCCACUUGGCUGUUGCUGUUUGGGUCACAGGCAUCACACUCUCGAGUUUCCCCGGUCCUAUCCCCCAUUUUUUUUGUGACACCUCGCCCUUAUUCAAAUUGUCCUGCUCUGACACCAGCCUGUUUUGGAAAACAGACUCUGUUAUCUUAUCCUGUGUCAUACUGAGUUCCUUAUGUUGAACUCUGGCAUCUUACUUGGGCAUCCUUUUCUGUAUUCUACACCUGCCAUCAGCCUCUGGGAGGAAAAAAGCUUUUACUACAUGUUCUUCCCAUCUCACCACCUUGGCCAUUGUGUAUGGGAGCUGCAUUGCUCUCUAUGUGCAUCAUUCCAAAGAUGUUUCCAUGGAGGCAAACACAGUUGUAGCUUUACUGAACACUGUCCUGUACCCAUUCUUAAAUCCCUUCAUCUACAGUCUUAGAAACAAGACUGUGCUACGGGCCCUGAAGGAAGCCAUUGCCCGUGCAACAGCACAGCUUUUCCCCUGA